AUGCGCAGCCACUCGUUCUUUCCCGCCCUGAUAGGGCUUCUCCCUCUAGUUCCAGGUUCGGGUGUAGCUGCCUCGCCCUGCCGCCCGCACGGUCCCCACAACGGCGGCGUAAGCCAUGCCCAUGGUCCCGGAGGCGGCUCUCACAAUGGAGCUGGCAAUGGCGGUGGCCAUGGUGCUGGCCAUGGUGGUGGUGGUCACGGCGGACCCCCUGGUUAUCCCCCGUUUCACGGCAACGGUACCCACGGUGGUUUUCCUCCGUAUAAUGGCAACGGCAGCUCACCCAUAACCACCACCACUACCACCACCACCACCACCACCGACAUCUCUACCACCACCGACGUCACUACCACCACCGGCACCACCACCACCAACCCGACCACCACAACUGCCACCACCACGUCUACUGCCAGCCCGACUGCUUGCAGCGACUACUGGCUCGAAAACAUUGCUCACCAGGGCCUUGCUCCCUAUGCCAUUCCGGGCUAUAGUGUCUUCCGUAGCGUCAGAGACUUUGGCGCCAGGGGCGAUGGCAUUAACGAUGACACCGACGCCAUCAACGCCGCCAUCAGCUCCGGUAACCGGUGCGGCCCGGGAUGCGAUGGUUCCACCACGAGCCCAGCUCUCGUCUACUUCCCGCCUGGCACGUACCUCGUGUCCCGUCCCAUCAUCGACUACUACUACACCCAGAUCAUCGGCAACGCGCGAUGCCCGCCCACGAUCAAGGCCAGCGGCAACUUCACCGCUAACUGGGUCAUUGACAGCAACCCAUACCAGAGCAAUGGUAACCUAGCCUGGGGCUCCACCAACGUCUUCUGGCGCCAGAUUUCCAACUUCAUCAUCGACAUGACCGCUGCGCCACCGCCCACGGAUCCUAACGCCCCAGGACUGGCAGGUAUUCACUGGCCUUCCUCGCAGGCCACUUCUCUUUCCAACAUCGAGUUCAGGAUGUCUCGGGACAUUGCUACAACGCAGCAGGGCAUCUUUAUCGAGUCGGGAUCGGGUGGUUACCUCGGUAACCUGACCUUCAACGGUGGUCGCUAUGGUCUCCAAGUUGGUAACCAGCAGUUCACCAUGCGCAACCUGGUGUUCAACAAUGUGCAGACUGCCAUUCGGCAGAUCUGGUCCUGGGGUUGGACGUACCAAGGCAUUAGCAUCAACAACUGCGGCGUUGGCUUUGACUUUACCUCAAUCAGCAACGAUCCCGAAUCCUUGGGUCAAUACCAGGUCGGUUCCAUCACCAUCCUCGACAGCUCUAUCAGCAACACGCCUACCGGCAUCCUGAUUGGCAAUGCCAACGGCGCGGACACGCGGUCCGUCAACAACUUUAUCUUCGAGAACAUCGUGCUCAACAACGUGCCUAUCGCCAUCCGCGAUCUGAACAACGGCGGCAUCGACCUUGCCGGCACGCCCGUCAACACGGUCAUCCGCGCCUGGGGCAGGGGCAACGAGUACAACACGGCCACCGCCCAGAACAACACUCCCGGCACUCCCAUCGCAGGCACAUUCACUCCCUUUCCGCGUCCUGCCAGUCUGCUAACUCCCGACGGCCGCUACUACGCCCGCUCCAAGCCUCUCUACUCUGACCUGCCGGCCUCCGCCUUCCUAAGUGCGCGCUCCUUCGGCGCCGUCGGUAACGGCCAGACAGACGAUACCGACGCACUCAACCAGCUUUUCACCGCCGCGGCCAAACAGGGCAAGGUCGCCUACAUUGACCACGGGCAGUACAUCGUGACGAGCACCGUCUUCAUCCCGCCAGGCACCCGCAUCACGGGCGAGUCGUACCCACAGAUCGUCUCAGCUGGUCCAAUUUUCAACAACAUGGCCAACCCCCAGCCUGUCGUGCAAAUCGGUAUUGCAGGUCAGCCGGGCAGCAUCGAAUGGUCUGACACCAUCGUAUCCACGCGCGGACGGCAGGCUGGCGCGAUCGGUAUUCAGUACAACCUCGCCAGCGCCGGUUCCGAGCAACCUUCGGGCAUGUGGGACGUGCACGUCCGCAUCGGCGGGUUCAUGGGGUCCAAUUUGCAGCGGGAGCAGUGCGCCAAGACCCCCACGAUUAACGCCAAUCCUCCUGGCAACGUUAAACCGAACUGCAUCGCCGCGUUCAUGAGCAUGCACAUCACCGCCCUGUCGUCCGGUCUUUACAUGGAGAACUGCUGGUUGUGGGUGGCGGACCACGACAUCGAGGAUGAAGCCGACAACUCGCAGAUUACCGUCUACGCCGGCCGCGGCCUGUUGAUCGAGUCCCUCGCCGGCCAGAUCUGGUUGGUCGGCACCGGCGUCGAGCAUCAUCAGAUGUACGAGUACCAGCUUUAUAACACGAACGACAUCGAGAUGGGCCAGAUCCAGACCGAAACGGCGUACUACCAGCCCAACCCGGAUGCGCGGUUCCCGUUCCCUCUCGAUGAGCGGUUCCAUGAUCCUUUGUUUGGACCCGGCGAGGAUGGCUGGGGUCUGAGAAUCGUGGAUAGCGAGGGUGUUAGAGUGUAUGGUGCGGGCUUGUACAGCUUCUUUAACAACUAUGAUCAGUCGGCGUGCAUCGACGGUAAAAACUGCCAGAGGAACAUGUUUUCGCUGGAGGGGACGAAUGAUGUCUCGGUGUAUAAUCUGAACACGGUGGGCACGACGUAUAUGGCGACGGUGGAUGGGAUGGAUAUCAUCCCGGCGGCGGAUAACGACGGCAUGUUUGUUGAUUCUGUUGCGUAUGUCCACACCGCUUCCGCUUGA